ACAUCACCCUUCACGACUUAAGCUUAACUUGCCGUUGACGAUUCUUACGCUCUGUCUUCUUUAUCAUAACCACGUACUCUUGCGUUCAUUUUCAAUAUGCGCUUCUCCGCCGUUCUUGCUGUCAUUGCUCUUUCCGCUACGGCUUUGCCCGUGCUGUCUCGACCUGUGAGGUACGCAUGGUACCAUCCUAAUCAACGUCUCGCUGAUCUUUCCAUAGCCAUGUAUACGCGCGAGACUACUACUACGACGACCUCUUCGCCAGGGACCCUCACGGGGAACUUGAGGAGCGUGGCCUCUUCGGCUUCGCCGUCCACGCUGCCUCUGCGGUCGGGUCAGGCAUCAAGUCCCUUGUCGAUAAACAUAGGAAUAAGAAGAAGAAGCAGAAGAAGGAUCUCGACGAGCUCGAACUCUUCGAGCGCGAGUACUACGAUUAUGAUUAUUACUAGCGUAGAGAUGAAUAGAGUCAGCAGCUGCCUAUAUACGGCAGGGUUUGGGACUCACAUCAUACAUCGUCAGGAGACGGGAAGUCGACUGCGACAUGGAAGAUGUACGUCGUGUCCGAGCGUAGGCUUCACGGCGCAGCAAGGAAUAUUCGACCGUCGACCGAGGGCCGAGCUUACUAUAGUGGCUUCGCGGAGUGACUAACUUCGCCGAAGACAUCAGCCUCAUUAGUAUGUAGAAGUACACCAGUG